AAAAAAGCCAAAUAAUAAUAGAAACAUGCGAUUUGUGCAGACGGUGAAACGGCAUCGUUUUCAGGUUAAGCAAUUAUAAAACGGAAUAAACGCAGUAACAGUUGUUCAUUGACGCCAGACGCUUAUUUCAAGCUCCCAUAGCUCUCAUGCAACCACUACUGGAGCGUGGUUCAAUUAUGGAGGAAGGGUCAGUAGAUUCAGGACCAUUUCCACCACAAAGCCCUCAACAUUCAGCUUCAUUCGGGCACUGGAUCUCCACAUUGAAGAAAAGGGCAUGUGAAGCAUACAAAAGAAAGCCAAUCUCGUAUUGGUUUCUUCUAGUUCUGAGUAGUAGUGCAAUGCUUGUGGCAUUCCCUGCUUCAAGUCUCCUAUCUCGUCUUUAUUUCCAAAAUGGUGGAACCAGUAAAUGGAUCAUUUCGUGGGUGGCGGUUGCAGGCUGGCCUAUAACUGCUCUCAUCCUAUUCCCGGCAUACUUUGUCUGUAAAACCCUUCCCACUCCCUUGACCUUGAAGCUCACUCUUGCAUACAUUGUGCUUGGUUUCUUAAGUGCUGCAGACAACCUUAUGUAUGCAUAUGCAUAUGCUUACCUCCCUGCAUCCACCGCUGCUCUUCUGGCAUCCUCCUCCUUAAUCUUCUCAGCAUUAUUCGGUUAUCUUCUUGUGAAGAAUAAGAUCAAUGCUUCCAUAAUAAAUGCCAUUGUCAUUAUCACUGCUGCCAUGACCAUCAUAGCAUUGGACUCAGAUUCAGACAGAUAUGGCAGUGUAAGCAAUAAACAAUACAUCAUGGGAUUCAUUUGGGACAUUCUGGGGUCUGCUCUUCAUGGCCUCAUCUUCGCACUCUCAGAACUAGUUUUUGUGAAACUACUUGGCCGAAGAUCUUUCCAUGUUGUGUUGGAACAACAAGUCAUGGUCUCGGUAUUUGCCUUUGUGUUCACCACCAUUGGAAUGAUUUUGAACAAGGAUUUCCAAGGAAUGGCAUCUGAAGCUAAAAGUUUCGAAGGUGGGAAAACUUCCUACCACCUAGUUCUCAUAUGGAGUGCCAUCACUUUCCAGUUGGGGGUGUUGGGAGCAACGGCUGUGCUGUUUUUGUCUUCCACUGUUCUUGCUGGUGUUCUCAAUGCAGUGAGGGUGCCCCUUACCAGCAUUGCAGCCGUCAUACUGAUGCACGAUCCGAUGAGCGGUUUCAAGAUCCUCUCUCUUACUGUAACAUUUUGGGGGUUUGGUUCUUAUAUUUAUGGCAGUUCGUCAGCUAGUAAAGGCCCCAUUUCCACAUGACAUUUGUGGCUGAGUUCUUUGUUAGAGUGUAUUAAACCAUUACUCACAGCCAAGGAACUAGUGGGUAGUAGUACUAGUAGAGUUUUUGUGUUCAAGUCAUCUCCCCAUGUUGGUCAGUUAAUAGGUGCUAGUGCUCGUAUUGGUAUUAUAUGAUUGAGUAAUGAUAUGUGGACAAAAAAUAUGCACCAAAAUAUUACACAGUGACAUGUCUCUACUUUUUAAAACACUGAGUCCUAGUUUUAAUAAAUAUGAUUAACUAGACUAAACUGUCACAUCACUGUGUGUAAUGUUUGUGUGCAUAUUUUGGGUGCACAUAUGACAUAUUUUGGGUGCACAUAUCAUUACUCUAUAUGAUUUGGUUUUGUUCACUUUGGUAUAGUUGAAUACUCCUCCAGUGUUCAAUUUUUUGUGUCAAAACAUAGUCCCGUUGCAAUAUAUUACUAGUUGCAUUAUAUUAUUAAUACACGGUAAUAUUUAUGUAAUUUAUUCACAAAUAAUAUAAAAUUAUAUUCUACGUGUGAUUAUAUCAA